AUGGCGAAGAAAAAUAAAAAGUCUACGCCGUACGAUGCCGACUUCGAGCAACACUUGAAAGAUCACGACGCACAAGCCGUAUACGAGUCGCAAAAGCCAACCAACUGGGCUGAGAUCGGAGCCGCGUUGAAUCAACGGCGGCCGUCUCUGACGUUGUCGCAGUUCUCUGAGGGUGCUUUCGAUGCGUUCCAAAAUAACAAUGCCCGCGCUACGAGCGAGUAUACCGUAAUGACCGAUGUUGUACCCGUUAUUUUAGGCGAAGGGGCUCUUAUCACGGGCCGUCCAGCAUCGGAACGUAACAUUCUCUUCAACAACGUCGCACCGCUCACAGACGGCACCAUCGCGCAACCGAAGCCCGACAUUUAUUAUGGAACCCGUCCUGAAGAACUAUCCCGCCCAGUACGUGAGGCGCUCGGCCGUUAUAUUAUGCCAUCGACCGUACAAAACAAGCCAUUGGCACCAAAUUUCUUUAUUGAGGCAAAAGGUCCCGAUGGAACUCUGGCCGUGCUUGACCGGCAAGUUCGUUACGACGGGGCAAUUGGAUCCCGCGCUAUGCACAGUCUACAGAACUACGGGGAAGACGAACGCACGUUCGAUGGUCAAGCUUAUUCGUUUAGCUCGACCUACCACGGCGGAACGCUGAAAAUAUUUGCUCACCACGCUACGUCGUCGACAAGUGAAGGACGACCCGCGUACCAUAUAACAAAAAUGCACGGGUUUGACAUGACGAACACGCGCGAAACGUUUGUCCAAGGGGCCACCGCAUUGAGGAAUGCCAGAGACUUGGCCAAAACGUACCGCGAUGGCUUCAUUCACACAGCAAACGAGAGGGCGGUUUCCCAGCCCUCCGGAAUUCUUGAAGCCAUUGAAGAAGGUGAUGAGCAAGACGACGGAGACAGAGAAGAGGCGGACAAAACAAGAAAGCCGACAACAGCUCUGGCAGACGAGGCUCCGGUUGCUUCGACCACAAGCAGCGUCGCGAAGAAGGAAACGAAGCGAAAGCACCCAGCAGCGCCGCCGGAGGUGUCGGUCCCUCUAACGCGAGCUGCAAAGAGACGUCUAUGCUUUUCCGGCAAAGUGUGA